CUCAUCCUUCCCGCUGGUUUUGGUGAUCCAACAUGGCAGUAAUGGCAAAGCUUGUGGUGCUGGUUCUCAUUGCUACUUUCAGUAAUGUCUUCGGUCUUCCAAAGAGGGAUGUCACAAAAGGUGCCGAAAAGGUUGAUGUUUCCACAACACCAAAUCCUACCAACCAGACCCAAACUGAAGCUCCGGGUGGUGCAAGUGAAGAUGUUGGAGCAGGCACUCCAGCACCUGACCUCCACAAUCAGACCACUACUGCACAACCUGAUCUUACUGAUGGUGCCAGUGAAGAUGACAUGGUGACUGUAACUGUGACCCCAAGUCCCCAAAACCAGACAACAGCUGCUGCCCAAACUGGAGAUGCGGAUGGGGCAAGUGAAGAUGAUGUGGUAACUGCAACCCCAAAUCACCAAAACCAGACAACUUUAUCUGCUACAGCUGGAGUAACUGAGUCACCAGAUGAACUAAGUGAAGAUGCGAAGGGUGGCGCUAAGGGUGGCACUACAACGCAGAAUGCCCAAAACCAGACGACUUCAGCCCCCACCGUAACUGAUGGUCCGAGUGAGGAUGCUGUGUUAACCACCGUACUGAAUCAGCAAAACGGGACUACCUCUGCCCAAGAUGAAACCACCAUCACUGAGUCCCCAGGUGAACCAAGUGAAGAUGCUGAGGGUGGCGCCAAGGGUGGUGCUAAGGGUGGCACUACAACGCAGAAUGCCCAAAACCAGACGACUUCAGCCCCCACUGUAGGAACUGAUGGUCCGAGUGAGGAUGCUGUGUUAACCACCGUGCUGAAUCAGCAAAAUGGAACUACCUCUGCCCAAGAUGAAACCACCAUCACUGAUCGCCAACUCUAAAUGGAACUCCAUGUUCUGCACUUCAGCUUUCUCCAUCUUGAAUUCAAUAAAGAGCAGAUUCUUAUCCAA